AUGACACCCGGAGCUCUCCUCCUGCUGCUCCUCCUCACAGACGGGACGUCCUGUCAGAAAGUGUGCAGUUACCAGGAUGUGAUCGACCACCUGAACCUGACCAGAAGGAGCGACGUGUUCACACUGACGCGGCCCGUUCUGGACCACACACACCGCACCGUGGUCAAACUGGACAUCAUCCUCUAUGCUAUUUUGGCUGUGAUUGAGAAAACUCAGACGUUCAUUCCCUUCAUCUGGGUAAUCAUGAAGUGGAACAAUGAGUUCAUCUCCUGGGACCCCUCCCGCUUCUGUGGCAUCACAAGGGUUUCUCUGCCCAAAAAAAAGCUGUGGAUACCAGACCUGUUUAUCUAUGAGAUGACAGAGAAGGACGACGCUCCUCAAAGUCCGUAUGUAUAUGUUGACCAUGAUGGCACUGUGACUCUGGAGGAUGAUCUGAGGGUGGUCAGCACCUGUAAGAUGGACGUCCACAAGUUCCCCUUCGACACCCAGAGCUGCAACAUCACCAUUGGUUCUGCGAUUCACAGCGUUGAUGAAGUGCAGCUCGUCCCGUUCUCCAACUCGUCCCGGGCCACGCAGUUUUCUCGUGAGGUGAUGAAGACGCAGGGCGAGUGGGAUUUUCUCAACCUGACGGUCUCUAGCAACUCGUUCAAUUUCGAACACGGAGAUUGGGAAAAUUUGAUAUACACUAUCACCAUGAAGAGGAGGCCUCUCCUCCACAUCAUCAACUUCCUGUUGCCCAUCCUGUUCUUCCUGUGUCUGGACCUGGCCUCCUUCUUCAUCUCAGAUCAUCGGGGGGAGAAGCUGGGCUUCAAAGUCACCGUGCUGCUGGCCAUCUCAGUGCUGCUGCUCAUUUUGAACGAAAUCCUGCCCGCCAUGUCCAACAAAACUCCGCUCAUAGCGACCUACUGCAUUGUGAUUUUUGCUCUGAUGCUGCUGAAUCUCUUGGAGACAAUCUUGGUGACGCAUUUGAUGGAGAAGGACUCUCCAACCCAGGAGAGCUGCAGGCUGAGAGACAACUGUGAAGGCAAGCAGGGUGAAUCUAAAACUCAUUUCUGUGACAGAGAGGAAAAACGAGACAAUCACUGUGUGUGUGUCUGUGACAUGCCUGGUGGUGACACACCAUGUGAACUGCUGCCCAUGGCUGAACAGGUGGGGAGCGGCAGGCCAGCAGGAGAGUGUGGUGUGCUGCUGCUGAUCCUGGAGGAGCUGAGGAGGCUGCAGAGGAGCCAGGCGUUGCUCCUUAGCGGCACGAUGGACGGAGGGACGCCGGGCUACUGGACCAGAGCCGCCACCAAAAUCAACACCCUGUUCUUCAUUUUCUAUGUCGUCACUGUCUCACUUUUUCUAAUAUUCAUGUGUAUAGAAUGGAGCUCUUAGAGAAGUUGUGUC